AUGAGUACACAGACUAAGGAAUCGACAGGACUGCAAUCCGACGUUAUGAAGUUUCUCUACACACAUAAGCAACGACCUGUACCCACAACCGAAAGCAACAUCGUUCUGACCAAUUGCCCUCAUUGUAUCAAUAUCCGCAAAAAUAGUUUUGCUGCGUACCUCAAUAUUCAAAAGGGUACUUAUAAAUGUACCACCUGUAAAUCUAAGGGCACCUUUCAAGAGUUCUCCAGAAAUCUAUUAAAGAAAGUGUCACAGCCAGAGGAGUAUCCCAUCUUAUCCACAUCCGAUAUGUUACAUACAGGCACAAAGUAUGCUCAGUUUUCGAGACCGAUGGAAGAAAUCAAUCGUUACCCUCAAGCCCUUGCCGAAGACACUGAUAAAUUAGAGCAUUUGGAACUGAAACAUGGCAUGGACAAGAGUACUUGGGAAUUGUAUAAAGUAGGGAUAACAGAUGUCGAUGGCGUAUCCUGCUUGACAUUUCCUCAAACUGACUUGACUUAUGACUUGGAAAAAGAAUCUUUUAAAUUGGAUACGGUUCGGUUAAAAGUAUGUGAAUUAGAUGACCCUACACACAUCAUCCAACAUGACCCACCAUUGCACAGUAAAGAAUCUUCAGCAGGUUUAUUUGGCUAUCAAACUGCUUGUGCGGAUUCAGACACACUGAUCUUGACACGACGUGAAAUGGAUGCAAUGGCUGCCUAUCAAGCCACAGGUAUUCCUUCCGUUGCCAUACCUACCUCAAAUUAUCAGCUUCAAGAGUCCGUUUUACCUUUGUUACAACGCUUCACACGUGUCUAUAUCUGGAUGGAUGAUGAUAUGGAUGGACAGUUAGCUUCCGAAAGAUUCGCUCACAAGAUUGGAGAUUCCAAAUGUUUGAUUGUCAACACUCGUUUAGGCGACAAAAUGGGCCCUAUCAAUGCCUAUGAUGCACUGCAGGCAAAGAAAGAUAUGCUCCAGAUUGUGGCGUCCGCUCGAAGAAUUAAGCAUGAUCAAAUUGUGGAUUUCCGUGAUUUGCGUGAGGAAGUCUAUAACGAAAUUAUUCACCCCGAUCAAUCGCGUGGUGUACAAUCGUCGGAUUUACCUGCAUUAAACAAAAUUAUGAAGGGUCAUCGUCCGGGUGAAUUGACCAUCUUAACUGGUCCCACCGGUGCUGGUAAAACCACAAUUAUCAGUCAAUUGAGUUUGGAUUACUGCCAGUCAGGUGUGCCUACACUUUGGGGAUCCUUUGAGAUUUUGAACAAGAGACUAGCUAAGAAAAUGCUGUUCCAAUUUGCUGGAAAAGAUAUCAGUCUUGUGCCCUCAGAGUUUGAAGAGAUUGCAGAUAGGUUCCAAGAGCUCCCACUGUAUUUUUUAAAGUUUUUUAGUAGUACAGCAAUCAAGGAUGUGCUAAAAGCAUGUCAUCACGCAGUAUAUGCUUACGAUGUUCGCCACAUUGUACUUGACAAUCUUCAAUUCAUGUUAUCACAACAAGGUAGAUCAAGUCUGGAUAAAUGGGACCUUCAAGACAACGCCAUUGCCGAGAUCCGACAAUUUGCUACGGAGCAAGAUGUGCACAUCACUUUGGUGGUGCAUCCUAGAAAGGACAUGGGUGAAGAGCUGGAUAUCAACUCGAUUUUUGGCAGCGCUAAAGUGACACAGGAAGCAGAUAAUGUGGUCAUCAUCCAAAAAUCGCAUGGUAAAAUAGAUUCACGUUCAUUAGAUAUCAAAAAGAACCGAUAUGAUGGUACAUUAGGCGUGAUUCCAUACAAAUUUUUAAGAGAGACACAAAAGAUUCGUGAAUGUACAAUAGAAGAAAUACAGGAACAAAGAAAAGCAAAGUAUGCAAGUUCUCAAAGUACAGAAGUAAAAGUUAGAAGACCAUAUAAAUAA